GUUACGGAAGCAUCGACACUACUACAAUUCAUUCAGGAGUUUUCUGAAGAUUUUCACCUCUUUUUUGUUCUGUUUUCAUCUGUUCUUUAAAAGUGAACGGUGCAUUUGUUGAAACGAGGUGAUGGUGUGAUCUCUCUGCAGCCAUGAGUUCUCUGUUUGCUUGUGAGGAACCAAACACAUGGAGGACAGUGUUUGGGAAAUACUGGGAUGUAGUGGAGGCCAAAUCCAAAAGCAAGAAACCUGGAAAGCUGCUGGACCUCGAAAAGUGGUACCAAGAGGAGCUGCCGACACUCAUUUCAAGUCGCCCUGACAAACAUGUCACUCAGUCGGAGCUGGUGAGACUGAUGGAGUGGAAGCUCACUAGAGGGAAGUUCAGGCCGAGGCUGCAGCAGCUGGUGGCGUCCAACAGUGAGGACACCGUGGAGAGGAGCUCCAGAAAGGCCUUCAGCCUCCUGCCUGACGUGAAGGCAGCCAUCGCAGAGCUCAGCUCCCUGAAAGGAGUCGGCCCAGCCACUGCCUCAGCUGUGUUGUCGGCAGGAGCUCCAGAACAGGCUGCGUUCAUGUCAGAUGAAGCCAUGGAGAGCGUCCCGGGCCUGAAGCCCAUCCAAUACACAGCCAAGCACUACGCUCUGUACCUGGGCAAAAUGGUUCAGUGCACUGAGAAACUAAACAAAGCGGACCCCCUGCAGGACUGGACCCCCCACAGGGUGGAGAUGUGUCUGUGGGCGCAGGCUGCAGCCAAACAGCAGCAGAUCCCCCUCCUGGAGGAUGAAGGAGUGAAGAAGACCCGCUCAGAACCCGACGCUGACCAGAGACCAGGGAAGAGGCUCAGAACAAAAUGAACACUUCUACAUUAUUCUACAAUGAACUUUCUUUAGUGUUUUUGUAUUCAAAUUAAUAAAGGCUUUAUAUCAAAUACAGUUCA